AUGGCAAGACCAAGCGCCACUAUUCCUCCAAAGACCUUAGCUUGUGGAGGCGAGUUGGCCCAUAUUAACGAGAGUGGCUCACCUUCGCAUACCGGCAGGAUAUCCAACCUCAGUAAAGAAGGCAAGGGCAGAUCUGUGGUAGAGGAUUUCCUGAGACGCUUCGAAAGAGACUUCUUGAAUUUACUACGUAUCAACCAUGGUACGAAAAAGAUCAACGCAAACAAGUUCUACCAAGAGUAUAUUCUCAACGAUAAGAACCAUGUCCAUAUGAACGCUACAAGAUGGAACACCCUCACGUCCUUCGUUAAAUACUUGGGGCGAGUCGGAAAGAUACGGGUAGAGGCCCGUGAUGAAGCUGCAGAUGAGUUUGAUCUCAUGAUCAAUUUGGUAGAUCCCCAAAUGUUACAAACAAAGCAAACUAGAGAAAAAGACCUUGCUUCAGAUGAGAAUAGAUCUAACGCAUUUAUUCAGAUGCAAAUCACUAAAGGAAAGGAGUUACACAGUAACUCGACACAAACCCUGGUAGCACCAGCGCCCCAACCUCCCACCAAUAAACCUGUCAAUUUGACACUCAAGGGACUCUCCACCAAGAAGAAGGUCACCACGACUGCCUUCGGUGAGGACGACGAUGAGGAUGAGGAUGACGAAUAA